AUGUCUACUGGUACAGCUAUUGAUAACAAUACAAGCAUUCAAUCAGAAUAUGAUGCUAGUAAACAAGUACUGUCUUGUACUAAAGUUUUCUUCAAACGAUUAAUUGAACGUAAACCAAUGGAUAAAUUACAAGUUGAAAUUGAUACACAAAAUGUAUUGAGACGUGAUCUAAAUUGGAUACAAUUAUUUGCUAUAGGUCUUGGUAAUAUUAUUGGUUUCGGGAUAUUCGUAUUGAGUGGACAAGCUGCUGCAAUGUAUGCUGGUCCAUCAGUCAUCAUUUCAUUUGUUAUAACAGGAGUUAUUGCUUUAUUGGCCUCUUUAUCAUAUUCAGAAUUAGCUACAAUGAUGCCUAGUUCUGGAUCAGUUUACACAUAUACUUAUGCAGCCUUUGGAGAAUAUUUAGCAUGGUUUAUUGGAUGGAAUUCUGCACUACUAUAUCUAUUCGCUCUUUUGACAGUGUCAGUUGCUUGGAGCCAGCAUGUUGUCCUAUUUAUUGAUAUCGUUUCUGAUUAUAAUGUAACAAGUAUGAUUGUCCAAGCACCAGUAGCUUGGCACGAAGACGCUGAACGGUUUUUUGUCACUGGUCAAGCGAUUAAUUUACCUGCUAUUGGGAUUAUUAUUGCAGUUACAAUUUUACUUAUUAUUCGAACUCGUCAAAUGGCUAUAAUCAAUCUGAUAUUAGUUGUGAUAAAAGUUAUUAUACUCUUAAUAUUUACUUUUGCCUGUUGUAAUUAUGUCGAUCGCAAGAAUUAUCAUUCAUUUUUUCCACCAAAUAAAGGUUCAUUCAAUGAAUAUGGAGUAACAGGAAUGCUGCAUGCCUGUACUUAUGUUUUCUUUGCUUAUGCAGGUUUUGAUUCAGUUUCAACAGUUGCUCAAGAAGCGAAGUUACCGGGGAGAUCAGUGCCAGCAGCCACUAUUGGGUCUACAGUUUUUUCAUUACUAUUGUAUAUUGGAAUAUGUACUGUAAUGGUUGGACUUGUUCCAUAUGAGUCCUUACAUUCAGAUGCUCCUCUUUCUGUGGCAAUAAAAGCUACACCUUAUGGUCUUUGGUUAUCAAUUCUUAUGAGUUUAGGUGCUAUUGUUAGUCUUACAACUGUAGCAUUGACUUCAAUGCUCUCACAAACUCGAAUAUUUUAUGCAAUGGCACAUGAUGGUUUGUUACCACCAAUCUUUGCUAAAAUUCAUUCUCAGACAACAACUCCCUGGAUUUCUGUAUUAAUUUGUGGUAUAUUUUGUGCUGUUUUUUCGGGUAUUUUACCAGUAGAUAUUCUCGGUGAAACAGCUUCAAUUGGCGCCCUAAUUGCAUACAUGUUCGUACAUAUUACAGUUAUAGUCAUGCGAUAUACACAUAGAGAUAUACAACGAGUAUUUCAAGUGCCAUUUGGCUCAUGGUUGUUUCCGACUAUAGGUUCUUUACUUUGUAUCCUUCUUAUGACAGGCAUAAGUAAAGCAACAGGUUUUCGAUUCCUUGUAUGGACUGCAUUAGGACAAAUUAUUUAUUUCGGCUAUGGUUUUUGGCAUUCUAAACAAAGAAAGUUAAUGAAAAGUAACCCUGUUGUAGAUACAGUCGAACUUCUACCAACAGAAGCAAAUGCUACGGAAAAAAUUGCACAAAAUAAAUUUGAAUCGGAUUCAGGCAGUGUAAAUGACGAACGUGCAGCAUCAAAAGAAAUUCUUUAG